AUGAUUCUGCCGCCGCCGGGUAAUUCUGAUGAUAUUACAGUCACCAGUAAUGACCCCUGGUUUGCUUUCAUACCUUCUCAGAGAUAUGGAAAAGGAGUUCAAAUACAUGCUGGCAUUAACAAUCGUGUAUUUGGGAGCCCUGUGACUUCCUCUCCAACAACUUUGACAAAAUAUGUUUUGGUCACCUCUACUCUCACAUUUGCUGCAGCCUCUGCUGCUGCUGGCAUAACUGUAUUUAUUGGCAAUGACAUUGGUGUCUGCUCUCGGAAUCACUGCACAGAGUUUGAGACGUCUACUGCUAUGGCUUUUCUUAGCUGGUUCACUGCUUUGCCAUCAUUUCUCUUAAAUUUCUGGUUACUGGCAUCACGAUGAAAAGGAAUACUUGAGAAACUUAAAUUUCUUAUGAACUCUUUUAGUUUCCGCUUUUAUUCCAAAUGUUUGUCAGCAUGGGCAAUGUCCAAAGCAUACAAUUCUGUAAAUAGGCAUUCUGUAAAGGUGUUAAAUUUGGUAGAGAAGAUUGUGAUCGUGCAAUAUGAACUCCAUCUUUGUGCAAGCAUCUUGUUAGAUUCGUCGGGUGAAGAGAAUAUUAGCCUGUCAUUCAGGAACUUC